AUCAAUAGAAUGUUUUGGUUCGCGACGGCAUAUCACCUGGCAGUUGGAAAACUAAAUCAUGAAUAAGAUUCCACUAAUAUGAUAAAGCAAAGAAAUUUUAAGAAAUGAAGAAGGGUAAAGGUAAAAAGAAGUCAGGGGGACCACCCCCUCCCCCGCCUCCUCCAAUGAUGGAGAGCAACAUGGCCAGCAAUAGCAAUUUUGAGCAAGACUUAAACGUAAUGGAAGCUCCCAGGGCAAAGAAAGUGGGCUUCAAAAAUGUACAGUUCGAGGAAAGAGAAGAGAAACAAUCAGCUCCUCCACUACCCCCGCCCCCACCGCUUAUGCAGCCCCAAGCUAGCAGCGCGCCACCAAAGAUUUCCUCAGAGGACCUCAUCCUAGGCAUGAAAAGACUGAAGAACAUCAACCAAAGGAUAUCCCAUAUUACAAUAUCUCGUGCAGAAAUUUAUGAUAAAUUCAAGGAGACUGAUUUUAUUCCCUUAGACUUCACAUUAACUGCUUUGUGGAAAGAAAGCCUUGGAAGCCAAAGCAGGAUCUCGCACCUGAAUCUGAGUGGGGUGGAGCAGCUGACAGACAUGUUCUUUGCCGUGGCUGAAUCACGAAAUAUCAAGCUACCUCAUAUGACAAGUAUCAACCUGAAUGGUUGCAGCAACAUAACUGACUUUAGUGUACUGCUGAUUGCAAAGAACUUCCAGCAGGUCUCUGGAAUUACAAUGAAGGGCUGUACAGAAAUUACAGAGCGCUCCAUCCAUUACAUCACUGAUGGUAGCUUGAACCUACAAGAUUGCCAGAUGACAUCCUCCAAAGUCAGAGCCAUUCCGCUCAAAAUUGAGAAGUCCUUAGGUCUGUUCAACUUCAAAUCAUGCCCCCUGAUCUCUCCAUCGACAGAAAUGUACAGCACAUCUCCCAACACUUUCAUGCAGAAGUUCUCAGGCACACAAAUGGACAAAGAGGGGACUGCAAUGCUGUAUUUGGACAACUACAAAGUGGUCAUUUUGAAUGAGUCAGGAAAACCCAGCAUAGGGGAGAGAAUCACGAGCAGUGCGAGUCCAGGGAAGGGCAUAAAGACUUGGCUGGAAUGGAAACCGAAAGAAGAUGUCUCUGUCACUGUCAAUCUGAUCGAGAUUUCGGAGCUGAGUUUUGAAGGAUUAGUGUUAAGCAAUGGAGGUGUUGUUAUCAUCCCAUUCUCUGAUAAGACACCUUCAUACAUCCAGAAAAUGGCAAACACAAUCCUGUCGGUUCUCAGCAAGUAUCCUGAAACAGGAUUCAUGAUUUGUAAUCCUGAUUACGAUUCUUCCUCUGCCACCCAACUCAAAUUGAAGGACAUCAUACACAAGGUCAAGGAUGUUUUAACUGAUGCCAUGGAGAACCUUGUCAAAGAACAGGAAAAAGAAAUCAAAGACAAAUGGAGACUGAAUGAGUUUAGAUUUCACGACCAGUUGGUAUUCACAGCAGGAAAGAAACUUGUUCAUUAUCUGAAAAAAAUAAUAGCUAGGGAACCCAAGUCCAAGGACUCACCGGAACUUCUCGCUUCCCUGAUACUGGACAAAGAGGAGCAAUGUUUUAGUGCCAUCAGUAAUGUGAUUCAGGCUGUUCAGGACCACUAUCCUUGGCAUGUGUUUCAUUAUUUUGCUCCUGUGAAGAAACUCUUUCAAACACCUUUAUUGACUAAGCAGAAACAGCUGGACAUUUUCAAAGGAAACUUUGGCUACCUGAAGACUCUGAUCACAACUUUGGAAACACCAACUCUCUCCAACCUGAACAUGAAGGAUCCCUACAAAGAAAUGAUUCAAGUCCUUGGUCUUAGAUUUGAGAGGGGAAUGAGCGUUUUCUUUCCGGACAUUAGUGGGAACCCCUGUAUGGCAAGUUUCUCUGAACUUGAAUAUCUUCUCACCGGGAUGAUGGAGAACCCCCCAGAUAAGAAGGGAUUUAUCAAGGGAUUAGGGAUUUCUGUUCCUUGUUACAGAAGGGAUGAUAUAAAAGUGAUAUUUGGACAGAGUAUGAAGAUGAGAUCCAGAAAAUUAGAAGGUGGAGAUCAACUGGAGCAGGUGGACUUAUUCAUUGAAAUUCUGGAGAGUGCAGGCUGUCUGCUCAAGUUCCCAUGUGACCUGAGGGGCCCAGGAUUCGAGGACAGCAUAGCUUAUGUUCUCUUCACAGACAUUCCCUCCCACCCCCCUGUACCUCUGGAAAAUUACUGGCCUGAGCAGCUGCCAAAGAGACAAUUACAGGCUCAGAAGUUUUACCGCUUUGCUGCUUUACCGCCAGACUUCAUGAGUACUCUACUUGGUGAGUUCUCCAACCUUCUCCAAUUUACCCUGCUUUGGAAAGGUGGCUUUCUCUGCCAGCAAGGGCCAGUGGUUCACCUCCUAGAGGUCCUGGAAACCCCAGGUGUGUGCACUAUAAGCGUCAGUAGUCGUGCAGUGAAUCCACCCUCGGAUCACUAUGCUGGAAAAAACCCUGAACUGGAGGGCAUGCUGUGGAAUGGCUUUAAACAAGUGUGCUCCAUUUUUGACGCUCACAUUCAGAAGUUUAAAAUCUAUGUUCUGAGAUACUACCCAUGUCUUCACUGCUUGCCUGGUGGUAGUAGGUACCAGGCUACAAACCCUGAGAAGGUCUGUCAGUUCUCUGAGAUGAAAAUCCUGGCCGGUCAUGACCGAGGCCUGUCUUGUAAGAAGGCAGAGGAUAUAUCACAGGAAGAGCUGGUUGUGAAACUCAAGGAUUACUUUGGUCCAGAUUUUCAAAGAAAAGAUCAAAGAUGUUUACCAAACCACAGCUGUUUUGAUGCAGAAUACGAGAAAAUGAUUGAGGACACAGUAAGCAGACAGUCCAACCAGACUCGAUGUUAUAUGUGUGGAAACUGUGCCAGGGAAAGUCACAAGUGCUGGGCUAAUGUGGAAGAUGGACUGACAAUUCGACAUUGUGGAUGUCUCCUGCCUUGCUUUUUGUGCAAAUAUUGUGGAAUCUGCAGGUUCUGUGUUCAGAAGUUGGCAAAAGCCCACUCCAUGAUUCACCCCCAGUUUCAAUGUGAGAGUUUAAUGUCCUCAGCUUAUGAUUCAGAUCUGUCACAAAAUGGCAAUUUCAUAUUUAUGUCAUCUAGUAGUGAGUACAGAUUUGCCCAGCCAAUGACAGUGGAGUACUUCACCCAUCUACGAGCUUGUCUACACCGAGGACAUUUUCACCUGAAGUUAACCUCGUCAUCACAUGAAAUAUUGGUCAACUGUGUGGAAAAAACCAUCAAGGUUGUGACCAAAACAUUUAUGAAGGAAAAGGAGGAGGUUUUGAAUGUUUUGACUCCAUACACAAAUGGCGACAUCUUUGACAUCUGGUUUGAUUUUGACAAGAAUGACAUGAGCACACAGUUUUUGAGAAUUCAGCAAAACCAGAAAACAGUGUUGGCUCUGACUAUUCCAGACAAAUACAUGUCAGUGACCAUUCUUUGUAAACGACCAGGAAGUGUCACUUCAUCUUCCAAUCAUUUGAUAAAAAUGCCAAAAAUAUCUACAACAGCUCAUGGAUUCACUGGAAGUGCCACAGUCUCUUUGCUCAUUAUUAAUGGAGCUUCCUUGUAUGAUGAGGAAAUGAGAAAUGACCUUUUGUCUGGAGUAAAAGACGAUGACCUGAAACCAUUCUGCCAAGUAAAGCUGGAUAGUGAAGUUGUAUUUAAGACCAAAAUCUCCAAAAGUUCCAAACCUAGAUUUGAUGAAAAAGUUGAAAUCCAAAUAAAUGAUCCAGAGAGUGUCUUGGAGAUUGAAGCCUACGAGUAUGACCACGUGGAGAGCUUUCUGUUGGGAGUCGUCAUGUUACCUGUGACACAGCUCAUAGACUUAUCAAACCAGCUGGAUUCAAAAUUCCAUCACUUGAAUGGAACACGUAAUGGAAAGAUUCACCUGAAAGUUGAUGUACAGUUCAAUGACAAAGACAAUGAGGAACAUUUGAAGAAAAAAUUCUCAAAUAAGCGAGGAGACAUGUUUAUCCCAAAGUGUUGCAUGGAAAUUCCAACAUGUGUGGAAGCAAACAUUGCUCAGAUGGCAGAUGUUUUUGAGGACAAAUUAAAUCAAAGGAAUUUGGUUUCAAACCUUCAAGGAAAUUUUUUGAUGGUUUUGCCGAAGUUGGUAACAAGGGAAAUGGUUCUCUUUCCUAUGUGGCCCUCUCUGAAGACAGACAGUGUAAAAUACCAUCCUCUAUGCUCUUACAGAUUGGAGAAUACUCGUUUAAACAGUGGUGAAGAUGACAGAUGGGAUUGGCAUUUGAUGAAUGCCCCAGGAUUCGAAUUACAAGAAGAUUUUAUCCUUAAAAUUGUCUUUACUUGGGUAGUGCAGUGUGUUCUGCUAAGUUCAAGGGUCAAGCUGAGUCUUCCUGACUGCAAGUUGUUGUUUCCAGCUUUGGCCAAUGAAGAUGACAUUGACGCUAAAAUGGUCCAGAACUGUGUUUACUCUUUACUGAACUUUAGCACUGUGUACAUGAAUAUCAUCCGAGGUCUGGAUUUCUCUGUGAAUUUUUACGUCAUGGGCAAGAAAAAUCAUAUGAAGAAUUUGAAGUCAAUUCAUCGAAUGGUUGUGAAGAAAAUAGAUCAGACAGGGUUUAAUAUCGUACCUAGUUUCUACAACAGCAAGCAUCAUUUAUUGCUUUGUCCUGGCCACAAUAAUGCAUACAUCAGAACCAGGGGCAUCUCCAAAAUAUCCAUGAGUGGCUUUGAAACUUACAAUCUGUUUAUCCAGAACUUGGUCCUGACCAAAAAUAAUCUGACCAGUCUUCCAGAUGCCCUGUUCUCAUCCCUGAAACAGCUGAAGAUUGUGGACCUAUCGGAAAACAUUCUGGAGUCCAUUCCCGGGACCAUUGGGCAGUGCCACCAGAUGGAGAUUCUGCGUAUCCAGGACAACAACUUGGCUGAUCUCCCCAUGGAACUUGCUCAGUGUACGAACCUGCAGGUGUUGAAUAUCUCCCGUAAUCUGAUGAACGAGCUCCCCGUUGUGGUUCCACUGUGCACAAGUCUUGAGCAGUUGUACAUGAAUGACAUGUUUAUGACAGAACUACCAGAGGAAAUAGGAUUCCUGGACAAUUUGGAGACCCUCUAUGCCAACGGGAAUUGCUUCACAACUCUUCCUGAAAACUUCAGCUUGCUGUGGCGACUGACAGAUCUGUCGUUACGUGGCGUCAUCUGGUUUGUGAGCUCUCCCUCCUACAUCAUGUCCAGGGACCGCUUCACUGAGCUCCUUGAGGUGCACGGUCUCAGGAGAUGGCUGGACGCCCACAAUGAGGACAAAGAGGAGUUGUUUAAAGCCUUUGAUGAAGAUGGCAAUGGAAUUCUAGACCAGAAUGAAAUUGGCAGGCUCAAUGCGACAAUUUACAACAUUUUCCCCAGAUUUGGUUACAAAGGAAAGGAAUUACCUGAUGAGAAUACAGAGAGUGGAUUUCCGAUGCAGAUCUUGCAACUGUUGAACCUCCGUUACCUUAACCUGUCCUACCAGGGGCUGGUUCACAUCCCUGAAAGCAUCUCCCUGCUCUCCAGCCUCCAGCACCUGGUGGUCAGCUACAACCCCCACCUCCUCAACAUUGCUGCUGAGGCCGGCAGUCUGCCGCUAAUGUCUUUAGAGAUGGCAGAAUGCCCAAUUUUGAAAACUCCACCCAAGGAGAUUCGUAGCCAGGGCUUCACGGCAAGCUACGGUUAUCUGAGGCGUCUGUUGUCUGGUUCUGUGGAGUGUAAGAGAACCAAAUUAAUGCUGGUCGGCUUAGGUGAAGCAGGGAAAACAAGCUUGGCAAGAGCUCUUCAAUCUGAUGAUCUCAAAUCCAGCCUUACUGGGCAUGAAAGCAUCACAGAUGGUAUUGACAUUUGUACCUGGAAAACCUCCAGGGAUGGAGAGGAGAUUUCCUACAGUAUCUGGGACUUUGCUGGACAGACCGUGUACUACAACACCCACCAUUUUUUCCUAUCCAACAGAGCUGUAUACUUCCUCGUCUGGAAUGUUAGACUCGGUCACGAGCAUGCUGGACUUAAAUUCUGGCUCAGCUCAAUUUCUGUCCAUGCUCCAAAAGCUCCAGUUCUCAUUGUGGGAACCCAUAUUGAUCAGGUGUCCAAGAUUGAGCUACCGAUGGAGGAACUUAAGGCAUCAUUCAGUCAGAUCGAAGGGUUCUACUUUGUCAGUUCUCUUACUGGACAGGGUCUUGAUGAUCUGAAGAAUAACCUGAUAACUGUGACAUUGACCCAGGGAUACAUGGGGGAGUCUAUUCCAAUGGCCUGGCUGGAGUUGGAGGAAAUCAUUAAGAAGCUUAAAACAAAAACAAAGAUGGAUACCAUAGAGUAUAGUCAGCUUUUUAAGCGAGCUGGUGUGGCAGGCAUCGUGAACGAGAAAGAGUUUGCGGAGGCAGUUGCCUUUCUACAUGAUCUGGGAUCCCUGCAGCACUUUAGCGGUAACGAGUACCUCCAUUCCAAAGUGGUGGUCAACCCUCAGUGGAUUGUGGAUGUCAUGGCAUGUGUCGUGUCCGUCAAGGAGAGCCCGAUCAAGAAUGGAAGACUCAAACACGAGGAUUCAAAGAAAGUCUGGAAAGAUUACCCAGAAUCCUUGCAUCAAUGGCUGUUACGGUUGACUGAAGAGUUUGACUUGACUUUCUGUAUUCCUCAAGAAGAGGGUUCUAAAGAGAGAGUGAAUCUAGUUCCAUGUCUCCUUCCUGAGAAUAAACCGAAGUUUGAGUGGCCAGAACCAGAUAAAAAGAAUGGAGUGACUGAGACAAAGAUGGUGUACAUGUUUGACUACCUGCCAGCGGGACUCUUCAACAGGGGACAGGUGAGACUUCAGGAAUACUCAGACUAUUACAUUAUAUGGAAAAAAGGAUCAUUCUUGAAGAAGGAUGGACAAAUUGCUUUACUGCAGCAAACAAAAGAUACCCAGAUGGUAGUAAAUGUUCAGGGUAAAAAUCCGGAGAUUGUCCUGUUCCACAUCCACGAGGUGUUCGAGAGUCUGAUCCUAGAGGCAUACCAGGGGGUGAAGUAUGACUUCACCAUCCCCUGCCCCGACUGUCUCAAGCACUCGGCCAAGGACCCCCACAUGUUCCUCUCCUCAACCAUACGUAGGGCCAUAGAGCUGAAGGCACCGUUCCUACAGUGCAUGGCCUACUUCCAUACAAUCUCUGUAGUGGACUUGCAGUCCAUCAUGCCCCCAACCAGUAACAACGAUUUUGAUGUCCACAUCCAGAAGGCAGUCAGUGGGCUACAGGACUUAAGACGCAACAUGAAAAUAGACCUGUUUCUGUCUUACUGUGUGGCUGAUGCCCCUGCUGAUGAUAGGAAUGUCAUACAUCCAGCUCAAGUGUACAAAGACUUAAAGAAUAAUGGAUAUACAUGUUGGUUCCCUGAGGAGAGCAACCAGUACUCUACUGACCUGAUGGCUAGAGCUCUGAUGGAUUCCACCAUUUUUGUGGUGUUCAUUUCAACCAGUUACGCAAAUGAUAGGUCCUGUACAGACAUCUUUAAGUAUGCCAAGCUGACUUUGGGCAAGCCAAUGGUGGUUAUUGUAGUGGGUGAGGACAAUUUCUCCUGGAGAAAGACCAACCUCGGGCUGCUUCUUCCUGAUGUUUCUUUUGUCAACAUGAUCAAUUCGAAGAAAGACAAUUACAACUCAAAGUUCCAGGAACUCCUGGGGAAGUUGGAUGAGUUGAUGAACUUAUCAGUGAAGGCCAAGGAUGCUGAGAGCCCCGAGUGUUUCAUCAGCUACUGCUGGAAAAACUCGGCACAGGCCGUCGCACUAGGAACCAGACCUAGUGCAACAUCACUUGGGUUUGGAGAUCCCAGAGAAAUUAAGUCGUUUUUAGAGAAGAAUUCCAUCGGGUGCUGGAUUGAUGUAGAAAGAAUAGGAAUGAAUGGGCUGUUUGAUGAGAUUGCGCGGGGCUUACUGGAGUGUAAAGUGGUGGUGGCAUGUGUGUCUGAUGACUACGUGGAAUCGCCCAGCUGCUGUAAAGAGUUCCGCUACGCCUGCACAGUUCUCAACCUCCCCCUGGUCAUCUGUGUGGUGGGAACUGGGCACAAGUGGAGGCGGAGUGAGGUCGCCAUGUUGACAAUGAACAGCCCAGUGGUGAGUUUUCAGUUAGAGAGUGAGGAGGCGUUCACCAAACUACUGCAGCUUGUGGAAGAGGCUCUAGAAUCUAGUAAACAGGUCAAGAAUGAAAAGACAGACACCAAGGAGGGGACAUCGGACAAGGAGAGGGCAAAUCAGUUCAAGGAGCUGUAUGAGUUGGCUCAGAGAAAGUUUUUGAGACAGAUAAGAAACUACGCCUCCAGUCAGGAGGUGGCUCCCUACCCUCGACUCUUCGUGGCUGACAUUGUACCUAUAGAAGAAAACCCUCAAUCAUUUGAUAAAUCCAUGUCAAUAGAGGAAAAACUUGAUGAUAAAGAAGAAAACCAGAUAGAGAAAGGAGAAAUGGAGGUCAUGAACUCGGGAUAUACAUCCCGCAGAUUCUGUAUCCACAUCCUGUGUGAAUGUGACAAGGGAUGGCACAGUGUGACGGAACCCAUGAUGCUGCCUGAGGACUUUGGGAGAGAGGACCUGACAAAACAUGCCCCCUAUCUGUCACGCAUCACCGCCAUCAUGAAGCACAGCAAGAACUUCAUUUUGAACUGUCUGACGGACGAGGAUGGACAGAACUAUAUGAAGUGGCUGUUUGAGUCGGCGGAGGCGGUGUUGCCCGACUUUAUGAAGGAGUACCACGACCUGCGAUACCUAGUGAUGGAGAUGGACUCCCAAAAGUUGUAUGGACAAUUAUCUCGGUGUCGUCUGUCCAGCGGGAAGGUGAUAUGGCUGUGUGAUGAGCAUGCCAAGGAAAUGAAGGUCACAGUGCUGGCCAAGGAUGCAGUGUCCUUGCAGAAGAAGGCUGCCAGCACAGAGCAACCAGAGUUCAUUGCUAAAUGGCUGCGUGAAAUUAAUGCAGAAAAACUAGCCAAAAAAUUCAAUUCCGCUGAGAAAGUCAAGAAGAAUUUCAAUCAGGAACUAGUGGAUAAGGCAAUGCUGCAGGCUAGUUUUGCAAAAGAAGACACAGAGAAUUAUAACAGUGACAUCCAACAACAAAUAAUGGCCGACCUGAAAAAGGGUCUGGCUCCAAGUCAGGUGAAAGGACAGGAGAAGCGGACGGUCUUACGUCAUGGGUCAGCGGUCAAAAAGCAGGAGGUGCAGAAGUCAGAGGCCGCCAUACAACGACAUGCCACCACCUCACUAGUGUCACCCCCAAGGUCAAUCACCUCACCCCCCACAUCGGGGCAGUCCACCCCCAAACUGAAAAGACCCACCAGUCAAGCCUGCUCUGUUAUGUAGGGACCAGGGUGCAUUGUACCAGACAGUUAGGUUUACACAACCAUUUGGAAAAUAUAUAUCAGGGAAGUUCUAUCUGUGAUAUAAAUUAUUUCUUAAUCAAAAGAUACAAUAUGACUGGUGGUUAUCUUGCUCACAUGUAGCAUAUGUUUACAUUAAUGUAUGGUAUUGUGUACACAAAAUGCAUCUGGAUGCAAUAUGGGAAGGGAAAGAAAAUCUAAUACACUUGAGGUUGUAGAAUUAUGGGUAUGUUUGAAAGAAGAGCAGUAGAUCCACAUUUUUUGCAAUUUCCUUUAAAUUUCUUUUUUGAUGUUUUAGAACCAAUCUUUUUUGUUUGGACAUACUCUCUUUAUCAGUUAAAUGUGUGAAAUUGGACCAUAUUUGUAAG